AUGGUGUCUCUGCGGAUGAUACUGUUGAUCGGGCUCACGCUGACUUUGGCCCAGGGUUAUGGCGCUGGAGGUGCUGGAAAUCCUCGUCCCGUGCGCACUGUGGAAACGCUGACGCAGUGGCGCCAGCUGGAGUUCGGCUUUCCCACGGCCCAGGAUCGGGAGAAUGCCCAGACGGCUGGCAAUCUGGUGCCCGAGAACGGCACUCCCAUCGAUGUGCAGGCGCAGUACUUGGCCAAUGGCCAAACCAGGCUGUUCACCACCAUUCCACGUUUCGUCACUGGUAUUCCGUAUACUUUGGCCACUGUCUCAGCGACGCAGGGCAGGAAUGGCCCGCUGCUGCAGCCAUAUCCCAGCUACUCCUGGCACAAUGGCAACGGCGAGGACUGCGAUCGGAUUACCUCCGCUUUCCGAGUGGCUAUCACCGAGUGCAACCAGUUGUGGGUCAUCGAUUCGGGUGUAAUUGGCACCACCCAGUUUUGUCCGCCGCAGUUGCUGCAGUUCGAUCUGACCACCGAUCGCCUGUUGCAUCGCUACCGCUUUCCGAAUAGCACCUACAUCCCCAGUGGUUCCCUCUUCAUCACUCCAAAUGUUCUGGUGCAGGAUCCUCCGCCGCGUGGAAGCUGCAGUCGCACCAUGAUCUAUGUGGCCGAUGUGAGUUAUCAUGGUUUGGUGGUCUACGAUCAUCAGGCGCAGACCUCCUGGAGGGCAGAGAAUCGCUUCAUGUAUCCCGAUCCGGAUUAUGGCAAGCAUACCAUUGCUGGCGAGAGCUUCUAUCUGAUGGAUGGCAUGUUUGCGCUGAACAAUGACAAGCGCAAUCUCUACUUCCAUCCGUUGGCCAGUGCGAGUGAGUAUUCGGUGCCAUUGAGUGCACUGAAUCGGCGGGAGAACUGGGCCAAUGGGCCGGAGGCUUUGCCGGAGCAGUUCAGUUUGCUCGGCAGGCGGAGGAGCGAGUGCGCCGCAUCCGCCAUCGAUGGCAGGAACAACGUCUACUGCGUCACCUUCAAUCCCAUCAAGCUCUUCGUGUGGAACGUAAAUUCGCCAUAUAAUUCAAGAAGCUUUGGCAAUUUGCCAGCCAAAUCCGAUGAUCUGCAGUUCGUCAGUGGAAUGAAGGUGGUGCGGACUCCGGAUGGGCAGGAGGAACUUUGGCUGCUCUCAAAUCGCUACCAGAAAAUCGCUGCAGGAACUUUAAAUUCCAACGAGGUUAACUUCCGCAUUCUGCGUCGCAAAUUGGAUGACGUCCAGGGAGGCGUCUUCUUUUCGAACGACGAAGAUCUAACCAAUCGCCUGGUGUUUAACUAGUGAUUUACUAAACCAACUUAAUUAAUAUAUGUACAUAUUAUUGUU